GCGGGAGGGAGAUCCGCUGUGGAGUUACGGGAAAGUUGGUCCGAGUUCCCAGAGUUUCCCUCUGUAGUUCCCCCGGGCUUGGCCCGCCGGUGCCCGGGUUCCCGUCUUCCCUCAGGCUUUCGCCGUUCACCCGCUCCCUCUUUCUGCCACCGGCCGCCAUGGAGCAGCCGCCGGCGCCUAAGAGCAAACUAAAAAAGCUGAGUGAAGACAGUUUAACUAAGCAGCCUGAAGAAGUUUUUGAUGUAUUAGAGAAGCUUGGAGAAGGGUCUUACGGAAGUGUAUUUAAAGCAAUCCAUAAAGAAUCUGGCCAAGUUGUUGCAAUUAAACAAGUACCUGUUGAGUCAGAUCUUCAGGAAAUAAUCAAAGAAAUUUCUAUAAUGCAGCAAUGUGACAGCCCUUACGUUGUAAAGUACUAUGGCAGUUAUUUUAAGAACACAGACCUUUGGAUUGUUAUGGAGUACUGUGGAGCUGGCUCUGUCUCAGACAUAAUUAGAUUGCGGAACAAGACAUUAACAGAAGAUGAAAUUGCAACCAUUCUAAAAUCUACAUUGAAAGGAUUAGAGUAUUUGCACUUUAUGAGAAAAAUACACAGAGAUAUAAAAGCUGGAAAUAUUCUGCUCAAUACAGAAGGACAUGCAAAACUGGCAGAUUUUGGAGUGGCUGGCCAAUUAACAGAUACAAUGGCAAAACGCAAUACAGUGAUAGGAACUCCAUUCUGGAUGGCUCCUGAGGUAAUUCAAGAAAUAGGUUAUAACUGUGUGGCUGACAUCUGGUCUCUUGGCAUUACUUCUAUAGAAAUGGCUGAAGGAAAACCUCCUUAUGCAGAUAUACAUCCAAUGAGGGCUAUUUUUAUGAUUCCUACAAAUCCACCACCAACAUUCAGGAAACCUGAACUUUGGUCUGAUGACUUCACUGAUUUUGUUAAAAAGUGCUUAGUGAAGAAUCCUGAACAGAGAGCUACUGCAACACAACUUUUACAACAUCCUUUUAUCAAGAAUGCCAAACCUGUAUCUAUAUUAAGAGACCUGAUCACAGAAGCUAUGGAGAUCAAAGCUAAAAGACACGAGGAACAGCAACGAGAACUGGAAGAGGAAGAAGAAAAUUCGGAUGAAGAUGAGCUGGAUUCCCACACCAUGGUGAAGACCAGCUCAGAAAGUGUGGGCACAAUGCGGGCCACAAGCACAAUGAGUGAAGGGGCCCAGACCAUGAUUGAACACAACAGCACCAUGUUAGAAUCUGACUUGGGAACCAUGGUUAUAAACAGUGAGGAUGAGGAAGAAGAAGAUGGAACUAUGAAAAGAAAUGCAACUUCACCACAAGUACAAAGACCAUCUUUCAUGGACUACUUUGAUAAGCAAGACUUCAAAAAUAAAAGUCAUGAAAACUGUAAUCAGAACAUGCAUGAACCCUUUCCUAUGUCCAAAAAUGUUUUUCCUGAUAACUGGAAAGUUCCUCAAGAUGGCGACUUUGACUUCUUAAAAAAUCUAAGUUUAGAAGAGCUACAGAUGCGGCUAAAAGCAUUGGACCCCAUGAUGGAACGAGAAAUAGAAGAACUUCAUCAGCGAUACACUGCAAAAAGACAGCCCAUUCUGGAUGCAAUGGAUGCUAAGAAAAGAAGGCAGCAAAACUUUUGAGUCUGAUUUCUUCUCUGUUUUAAUAGCUACUCUUGAGACCAAGAAACCACUAAGGAUUGAAGGAAUAUUCUGACUUUUUUAAUCCCUAAGAUGUAUGUUCUUCAACUAGGCAAAGGUCAAAAAUUUGUGAUGGUACAUACCUAGGUAACUUCCCACUGGAUAGAAUUUGCAAUCAUACCCACUGUGCUUUCCAGUUUUAAAUGAUGAGGACAAUAGAAAUGUGUUCCUGUUUCUCUGUCAGCUAUUAAUCCAGCAAUAAAGCUAAUCUAAAAUGAAAACUAUAUUAAAGAGAACUUGAAAAUCCAAAGCUAUGGUUGUACACUUGUACAGCACGGAAGGGCUUUAUGUUACAAUAUUCUUUAUUCCCAUCUAGAAGCCUAUUUAUUUUAUCCCCUUAGGUAGAUUUAUUUAUUUAUGCUAUUUCACUUUUUGUUUUUAAAAGACCACAUCAAGAUAGCUUUGGUGAAGGUGGGAACAUAAUAAUAGGUUAUAAUGCACAACCAAAUUGUAUAAGCAGGGGGCUAUGAGUGCAUCCUUAAAUUUCCAGGACAGCUUUUCAAUAGAAACUAUCCAGUAAUAGCAGUAGUACCCAAAUGAGCUCGACACUUUUUUUUUGUAUUGAAGCAAUACCAUUUUUACCUUUUGAAAUUUGAAAUUUUUGAUUUUUGAUACAAACAUAUGUAUGUCAAAUAGAACUGUAAUGUUUAAAACCAAAGAAAUCAGUGGACUCCUUGUUCCAAAAGAAUGUCUGGUAAAUAUUUAAAGAAAUGAAAUCUUAAGACAAAUGUGAUUUGUUAACAUUGUUUCAUGUUUCUUGUGUAGGUCUGAUAGCUAAACCAAAUCAAACUGUAAUAAGCUCCUCAAAUUUAUUUCUGUGAAAAUGUGCUCUAAUAUAAGAGGCCUUUUGUUGGUUUCAUUUAUUUCCUGGGAAUUGGUAAACAUCAUGUGCCUGAGAUAAAACGGCGAAAACAUUCGUUCUGAGCUGUGCAAGCCUUGGGAA